UUCUCAUCGGUAUAAAUUUCCAAAACCCCAAAAAAAACUAAAAACACAACUGCAAAUCCCCAAAUUCUCAUCUUUAAAAUUACCCAAAUAAAUGGAAUCAAACCCUUCGCCACCACCGCAAAACCCUAACCGGAAUUGGGCGGAGCUACCAGGCGAUGUGAUUGCAUUAAUUCUUAGUAAAAUAGGCGCAAUUGAAAUGCUAGUCUCUGCUCAAUUUGUAUGUUCUUCAUGGUGUAAUGUCUGCAAGGAUCCGGCAACGUGGAGAUCCAUUAAUGUGCUCCCGGAUGGUGAUUAUUAUAAUACGCGAACUUAUAAUCUUGAAGCAUUAUGCAAGAAUGCCGUUGAUCGGAGUUGCGGUGGCUUGGUUUCGUUAAGGAUUGAGUACAUUGCAACUGAUUCACUUAUCAAUUAUGUCUCGCACAGGGCAAAAAAUCUCAAACAACUUCGGAUUGUAUCUAGCUAUAGCUUGGGAGACGAAGCUCUUGCUGAAGCAGCCAGUAGAUUUCCGUUACUGGAGGAACUGGAACUUUCAUACUGCUCGUUAUCGAAGGAAGCACUUAAAGGUGUUGCAGUUUCUUGUCCUCUUCUUAUAUCGUUGAAGUUGAACUGCCAGGGGUACAAAUGCCCACAUGUUGAGGAUAACGACGAGGCUCUGGCUAUUGCAAAUCAUAUGCCUAAUUUACGGUACCUCCAGAUUUUUGGAAAUAGACUGACAAAUCAUGGUGUGCAGGCCAUUCUUAAUGGCUGUCCACAUCUUGAAUUCCUCGACCUUCGCCAAUGUUUCAAUGUAAAUUUGAAAGGAAAGCUAGGGAGAAGAUGUGCUGAGCAGAUCAGAGAUGUGCGGUCUCCCAAUGAUCCCACUGAUGACUAUCCUUAUAAUCCCGAACUUCCAGAAUAUGUAUUAUCUGACGAGGAUGACCCUUAUGGAUUUUCAGAUAUUGAGAUGGUCACUGAUGAUGCUGACGACUGUUAUGCAUUUUCAGAUGGGUAGAUUUAAGACUUUGGCGAUGUUGUUAGUUCUUGAUUAGGAUUUCUCGAUGAAGACGACAAGCAUUAGGGUGAGAGAUCAUGCUCAUUGCUCAUACUUGUGGAAGUAUAAAUUGUACGAAUGUGUAUUGGGUUUGCAUCCACACUUGAUUUGUGUAGCCAACAGUUUGUAUUUACACUUGAUUCUGUAUAUUUGAAUAAACCGAGGUCGUGUUUUUACUCAA